AUGUCUUCUCCUCUCACAGAGGAGACUGGCUCUACACACACUGAGAGGGAAUUUCCAGGAUACCGGCCCCAAGUGCAAAUCUUAAAUACCGAAACAGGAGAGGAACGGUUUUCUGAGAAUUCUUCUGCGCCAAUUGUAUCUGCUUGGAGGUGUAACUUGGCGGCCCUCUCACAACGUCGAAAUCUCCUCUUUACGGCUCAUGUCAACGAUAUUUACGUAUGGAUUCCUAGUGGACCUCGCCAGCUCCUUGGCUCCCAGCCUGUGAUGAUCAUUCACCCAGUGAUGAAGGAACCAAAUGCGCCUGGAUAUAUCGACCGUUCUAGGCCUCACACUAUCAACCAUAUCCUUGUGGAUGAUUUGGGAGUUGACGAAGUCUUGCUGUUAGCGACAGACUCUGGAAAUGUCACUGGAUACAACGUCGAGGCUAUCUUCUCGGCAAUCAACAGGAGCGCCAGAUACGGAGGCGGUCGACCAUUUGAUGCGCAUGAAGUCAAGCCUUUCUUUGCUGAACAUGUUCAGUUAAGUGCCUGGGGCUUGGCCACUCAUAAAUUUGCUCGGUUGAUUGCCGUGAGCGCGAACACGGGUGUUAUCACAGUCUUUGCCUUCGCAUUAGUUGAUGAUGCAUCUGAGAGUGAUGAUAGCAGCCCCAGUUUUUCUGAAACCUCGGACGUGGGAGGCACCGAUGUUCUGGAAAGCACAUGGGUAUCAAUAGACAGCGCACCAUUGCUAGAGGAGCUGAAAAAGGAUAUGCCCCAUCAUCGAACACGCAACCUACGACUCAGCUACAAGGGUCAUUAUGAAAACAUACCUUGCCUGUCAUUUGCCAAUUUCGAAUUGGACCCCAAUGGUCUAUGGAUGGUCAGCACUGAUAUCCUCAACCGAGUCUUUGUAUGGAGAGUCUGGGACAAACUGACUCCUGUCAAAACAUCCACAUACGAUCAUUCAAGGGAUGCUGAAGAACAAAGAGGCUGGUUUGUCUUGCCUUUACAUCCUCGCAGAGUUCAGCAGCACCGCUACAAGUUUGAUGCCUGUGGAUGUGAACCACGGCCAAAAAUGAUGAAUGGUCGGAUGGUUUUUGACGUGUCGGAUACGGUUGACGAUGUCAUAGUCAGAUCCAACCUCGCUGCCCAGAAAGUUGCUGAUGAGGAAGAUGCAACAAUUUCGAGCCUGUUUAUGCCAGAUGAUAUUUUCUCUCCUAGCUGUUCUGUUCAUACUGAAUGUCGCCCGCAACCAUCAAACUCAGAGCAUAAUCAUACAACUCUAGAAGCAUUUGAAGCUGCUUCUCCUGCCGCUGCCAGUGACAGCAAUGAUACCAACCUUGAAGUACCACAAGACCAUGAGGAGACUCCGUCCCAUGAAUCCAGUCGUCUAAGAUGUGGUAUCACGAGUUUGGUUGAAGAAGAAAAUGAACAAUGCGCCGUGGAUACCGUUGUUGAUGUGGAUGUUUUGAGGUGCUUUGUAUCCCAUCCGUGCAACCCUCGAUUUUUCCCUAUUCUCCACUUCUCUGGAAGUGACAUUACUUUAGAUCCUUAUCCAUUAGACCGUGGAGCGCGGACGCUCUCUCGGUCUCCCCUGCGCUCACUGGUAGAAUAUUCCAUGUUCUCUUCCUGUGAUCGCUUAAACUUGGUCAAGUACCUCCCUGAACUUGGGAUCAUCAUUGUCGCCUCCCAAGCCGGCGGGGUUGCCAUCAUCACUCUUACAUGGCAGGAGGAAAUCGGCCACACCUUUCGCCUAGACUGGCUUCUCCCUUUCCCUACCCAGGAGAGAGCUGAUGGAUUUCCAACACCACCUCUCAUGGGUAUUGCUGCAAGUCCCAUGCCUGGGUUUGAGAUACCGCCCGAUGUUCCUUGUAUUCCUCGGGAUGUCAGCCCCAAAGAUCGGAUGGAAUUCAACCACCGUCUGCUCAACCCAGACCGAACUGAGCCUUGUGACACAACCCCGCCCGAAUAUGAGGCUUCCAGUCCCUCCGAAUUAGACUCAUGCACCAAAGAGCCGAAUCUCACAAUUCCUGAAACACACGCAUAUGCCUCGGACAUCUAUCAACCUCAUGAGACCUGGCAUGGUUACCACCCUUCUCGGCAUUAUAGGUUACUUUUGCUAUUCUGUGAUUUUACGUCCAUGAGCUAUGAGUUCUGGCACGACUGGAGACGCUGA